AUGUUCGGGUUUAUCAUAGAGUUGGUUCUUGUUUUUAUAAUAUCUUGUUUAUCUAUUUUCUAUUUUUUCGUGCGAAGUAAUUAUGGAUAUUGGAAGAAGCGUGGCGUGCCUUACGAUGAACCAAGGUUUAUUUUCGGGAGUCUUUCGUUCCUCAUGAGAAGGAGUUUCUGGGAUGUGUUCUACGAUCUAGGUAAAAAGUACAAGAAGUAUGAUUAUAUUGGAAUCUUCAUGUCAUGGAAACCAGCCCUCAUGCUGCUCUCGAAGGAUCUCUCAAAGAAAAUUCUUGUGAAAGAUAGUGACAGUUUCCAAGAUAGAUACAGCUAUUCUGGGAUGAAAGAUGAUCCUUUGGGGUCAUUGAAUUUGUUCAGUAUCAAGAGUCCAAUGUGGAUUCAAAUGAGGAGCGAGCUAUCGCCGAUGUUUACAAGUCUUCGUUUGAAAGGAGUCACGGAACUUAUGAACAUAAACUCCACGGAACUCGUGCGCAGGGUGCAGAAGGAUUACAUCGAGAAAAAUGAACCUGUUGACCUUAAGCAACUGUUUUCGAUGUACACAUCGGACACAGUAGCGUAUACAGUGUUCGGCAUCCGAGUGAGUGCUUUGAAAGAACUUGCGUCUCCCCUCUGGGACAUCACACAACACAUGGUGAAAUGGACCUUCUGGAGAGGAUUGGAGUUCACUAUGGUCUUCUUCCUACCUGUUAUUGCUGAGAUCUUCAGAUUGAAAUUCUUCUCGCAGCCCGCUACAGAACAUAUAAGGAAGUUAUUCCAUGAAGUAGUAGCACAAAGAAAGAAAACUGGAGAAUCCAAUGACAAGGACCUCGUCAAUCAUUUAUUAAAGUUAAAGGCGAACUUGAAACUCCCCGUAGGAUCCGAUGCAGAAUUAGCCGAUAACCUAAUGAUGGCUCAGGUAGCAGUGUUCAUACUGGGUUCCAUUGAAACAUCAUCAACGACAUUGACGUACUUCCUAAAUGAGCUGGCUUAUCAUCCUGAGGAACAGGAAAAACUCUACCAGGAAGUCACAGCGGUGUUAAAAGAGAGCGGAAAAGAAAUCUUGGAAUAUGACGACUUGUUGAAAGUGAAAUAUCUGACAGCAUGCAUGCAUGAAACAUUAAGAAAAUACCCACCAGUACCUCACUUGGACAGAGUAUGCAACAAGGCGUACAAACUGACAGAUAACAUGACUGUGGAACCUGGUACUCCAGUCUACGUGAACGUGGUUGCCAUCCACUACAACGAGGAGUACUACCCUGAACCUGAGGAGUGGAAGCCCGAGAGAUUCAUCAACUCCACUGACAGUGAUAACCAUGAUUUCACGUUCCUGCCAUUUGGUGAAGGCCCCAGGUUUUGCAUAGGUAAACGCUACGGCAUGAUGCAAAUAAGGACAGCAAUCGCCCAGUUGAUAACUAAAUACAAAUUUGAGCCCGCUGCGCCCAAAAAACUCGAGACUGAUCCCUACAGCGUUAUCUUGGGGCCCAAAGAUGGCGGCAAAGUGAAGUUUAUACCUAGAACAUAA